UUGGGGUGCGACGUCAGCGACAGCAGCAGCAGCGGCCGCGGCAUCGUCUUUCAUACAGAAUAUUGUCAGCACUGCCGGCACCAGCACCAGCGGAGGAGGAGAGCUUUUGAUAUGAAUAAAUUUUGGGUGCUGACCAAUUUGAUUCAAAAUUCAAACGUGUAUCCACUACCUAAAGUUGAGCAUCCGCACCACCAGCAGACGGAUCAACAGCAACAUCCUCCGUCGUCGCAACAUCCGCAACAACAGCAGCAGCAUCAACAACCGCCUCCGUCCCAUCAGCCGCCAUCAUCGACGACAUCGUCUAAGGGAGGGGGGCGACAUCCCUCCGGGAGUGGGAACCAUGCGUUAGGCCCGGCUGCGCCGGGUCUUUACCAUCAGCCGGGCGGCGUUCCUGGGCCAACACCACCAAGCGCCAGCUCGGCUCCAACUGUACCCCCAUCGGCCAUAGGAUCCUCACACCUAACAAAUCUUUCCGGACCUGCUGCGAGUGCGCACAGUGGUAGGGGUGGCAGUGGUCAUCCGGUUGCACCGCCCGGAGCUCAUUUGCAGUUGAACGGAACGGUGCCGUCGGACCACUCGAAACCCCAGUAUUUAGGCAACAUGCAGGUGCAUCCGGCGCAUAGUGGUAGCGGCCACCAUGCGCCGCCACCACAGUCGCAGGUCCCACCGCAAGCGCAUCCGCCCCCUCCGCAGCCGAUCCCGAUCGUGAAGCCGGAGUUCAAGAUGCCUACGAUACCUGCCCACCUGAUGGACGUGCGCGGUCCGGACGGGUCGAUCGUCAAGAUCAACAUGCCGGAGCACCACGACCCGACCAAACCGCCCAACAACGUCGAAAUGUUGAAAGUCAACAUCGAGGAUCUCAGUCAAUUUCUGUCGUACCACGAAGUCUUCGGAAAGCUACCUUCCGACAUGCUAACGGGCCCGUCCGCUAGCCUAGUGCCAUCAUCUGCUACCAAUACCGCGACGACUAGCUCCGGUCACAGUAAUGGUAAAUUAAACCACAUCCGUCAGCUUCCUCAAGGCGAAUCGCCAUUCAAGUGCAGUUACUGCGCCAAAAGUUUCACCCGGAAGGAACACCUAACAAACCACGUGCGCCAGCAUACCGGCGAAUCACCGUACCGGUGUCCGUACUGCGGCAAAACUUUCACCCGGAAGGAACAUCUAACGAAUCACGUCAGAUUGCACACGGGCGAAACUCCCUACCAGUGCACAUAUUGUGGGAAGAAAUUUACCAGAAAAGAACAUCUUACCAACCAUGUCAGGUUACACACCGGAGAGACCCCGUUCCAGUGCACUUAUUGCGAGAAGAAAUUUACUCGAAAAGAGCAUUUGACAAAUCACACGAGGUUACAUACCGGCGAAACUCCCUUCCAGUGCUCGUACUGUCAGAAGAAAUUCACCCGCAAAGAGCAUUUAACGAAUCAUGUCAGAUUACAUACUGGAGAAACCCCUUUUCAGUGUACCUAUUGCGAAAAGAAAUUCACGCGCAAAGAGCAUUUAACGAAUCAUGUCAGAAUACACACUGGCGAGACUCCGUACCGGUGCACGUAUUGUGAGAAGAAAUUUACCAGAAAAGAGCGUUUGACGUAUCACAUAAGAUGGCACACCGGAGAAACUCCUUAUCAUUGCACAUAUUGCGAGAAAAAAUUCGCACGAAAAGAACAUUUAACGAAUCAUGUCAGAUUGCAUACCGGUGAGACGCCCUAUCAUUGUACCUAUUGCGAGAAAAAAUUUACCCGCAAAGAGCAUUUAACGAAUCAUGUCAGAUUGCACACUGGAGAGACUCCCUAUCAGUGCACAUAUUGCGAGAAGAAAUUCAGUAGAAGAGAGCGUUUAACGAUUCACACAAGAAUACAUACCGGAGAGACCCCUUAUCGAUGCACAUAUUGUGAUAAGAAAUUUACCAGAAAAGAGCGUUUAACGUAUCACAUAAGAUUACAUACCGGAGAGACUCCUUAUCAGUGUACCUAUUGCGAGAAAAAGUUUACCCGCAAAGAGCAUUUAACGAAUCAUGUCAGAUUGCACACCGGAGAGACUCCUUAUCAGUGCACUUAUUGCGAGAAGAAAUUCACUCGAAAAGAGCAUUUAACCAACCACACAAGAUUGCACACCGGAGAGACCCCUUAUCAUUGCACCUAUUGUGAGAAGAAAUUUAUGCGAAAAGAACACUUGAAAAAUCACGUCAGACUACACACCGGAGAGACCCCUUAUCGAUGCACAUAUUGUGAUAAGAAAUUUACCAGAAAAGAGCGCUUGACGUACCACAUAAGAUUGCAUACUGGAGAAACUCCUUACCAGUGUACGUACUGCCAGAAGAAGUUUACGCGAAAAGAACAUUUAACCAAUCACACCAGAUUACACACUGGCGAAACUCCAUAUCAUUGCACUUACUGUACGAAGAAGUUUGCUCGCAAAGAGCAUCUCACGAACCAUCUCAGAUUACACACUGGCGAGACUCCCUACCAAUGCACGUAUUGUUCGAAGAAGUUCACUCGCAAAGAACAUCUCACAAACCACCUCAGAUUGCAUACGGGGGAAACUCCCUACCAGUGCAACUAUUGCCAAAAGAAGUUCACCAGAAAAGAACACUUAACGAACCACGUCAGAUUACACACGGGCGAGACUCCUUAUCAGUGCUCGUAUUGCCAGAAGAAGUUUACCAGAAAAGAGCAUUUGACGAAUCAUACCAGAUUGCACACUGGCGAGACUCCUUAUCAUUGCACCUAUUGCGAGAAGAAAUUUAUGAGAAAAGAACAUUUAACGAACCAUGUCAGAUUGCACACCGGAGAAACUCCCUAUCAGUGCACAUAUUGCGGGAAGAAAUUCACCCGAAAAGAGCAUUUAACCAAUCACAUCAGAUUGCACACUGGAGAGUCUCCUUAUCGGUGUGAGUACUGUAACAAGUCCUUCACCAGAAAAGAACACCUCAAAAAUCAUAUCAGGCUUCAUACCGGUGAUUCACCGCACAAAUGCGAGUACUGCAACAAAACGUUCACUCGGAAGGAGCAUCUGAACAACCAUAUGCGCCAGCACAGCGGAGACAAUCCGCACUGCUGCAAUGUGUGCAACAAGACUUUCACCCGCAAGGAGCAUCUGAUUAAUCACAUGAGUCGAUCGCACACCGGCGAGCGUCCGUUCCAGUGCGAUGAGUGUGGCAAGUCGUUCCCGCUGAAGGGCAAUCUGCUGUUCCACCAGCGCAGUCACACCAAGGGCCAACCGAUGGAGCGGCCGUUCCGCUGCGAUAUGUGCCCGAAGGACUUCAUCUGCAAGGGACAUCUGGUGUCCCAUCAACGAUCUCAUACCGGCGAAAAGAACCACCACUGUCCGCAGUGCAGCAAGUCGUACGUUGAGCGUGGCAACAUGCUGCGGCACAUGAAGAAGACCCAUCCGGACGCGGUAAUACCGGUGCUGCCGAAGCUGCCGCACAUCAAGGUGGAACCUAAGUCCACCGGUGAGUACUCAUCAGGCUCACCAGUUGCACCACCACAUCUCGCCAUCGAUGCAUCUACCCCCACCAAACCCCCAACAGUUGGCAGCACUCGCCCUGCAUCAUCAGGUGUCCCAGCAACAACAGCAACAACAACAAUCCUCACCCUCAACGGGCCGAGCACAGCCUUCUCCUCGUACAUCACAUCCGCCGCCGCAGCAGCAGCAGCCGCUUCCACAGCAACAGCAGCAGCCGGUGCAGCUCCAGGUCCCCCAGGUUCCGCAGGGCCCCCCGGAAAACCAACAGCAGCCCCAACAGCCGCCGCAGCAACCGGGCCCGGGCCAAACUGGACCCCUGCCACCACCACACCAUACGGUCCCGGUUACUAUUAUAACCCACGCUGGCACAAUUAAUCCGAUGCCGGACGGUCUCAACAACCGGGUCGGCACGAUCCAGAUGCACCACCUGAAUGCGGCCCAGACGGAGGAACACACUGUGGUUUACUAAAUCCAUAAUAACCGGCACCAAGAACCGCGAACACGGUUAUCGCAUAACUUGCAUGUCCCCGUCUGACUCCAGCAAAGACAAACCAUGCGUUCAACUUCUAUAGGGAGGAAUAAAAGUACAGAUUUGCAAUUAGUAGUUUCUAGAUCAGAACACACACACAGAUAGUAGGAGGAACGUUACUCGUAACCAGUUAUAGACAUUAGUGGAAACCAUGUAUGCGACAGAAGAAAAAAAGUACUAAAACAAGUAUGUAAUAUAUACAAUUAUAUAUACACAAAACAACAGAAAAUAAAAACAAUAACAAAAUGAUGGAUAACAUAUUGUAUCGGUAUCAAAUAUCGAUGAAAAACUAACUAAAAGUAAUAAGAGAAAGUAAAAUAAAAUCAGCCAAAGCUGAUAGACAAACACACAAAAUAACGCAAUUUAACGGCAACAAAAUUGGAAAAUUUGCUAAAACUGGCGCAUAUAUAAUUAAGUAGUGACGGUAAGUCCAAUACAAAAGCAAGAAAAUGUUUACAACGUUCUUUUUUUGAUACGUGCAAACAGCAGCCAGUCGUGAUAGAAAGAGAGAGUAACCCAACAGGCACCGUUAUAAAAUAAAAAGCAGUGAAUAAAAAUAAAACAAACACAAAACCCUUAGGUAAAGCUAUUACAAGAUGAUCAUAGAAAACAAUACUUAAGCAAGUAAGCAAAUUGUUGAAAAUAGGUGAAAUAAAAAAAUAGUAAUUGAUUUUACCCCGCAGUUGAAUAAAGUAAAACAAGUUAAUCAGAGAACUGAACGCAGGAGGAAGGUUGCUGGACAAACUCAAACGAAACACUGAAACAAGCAAACAAGUUUUCGGCACGGGAAAUCAUAAGAGAUAGGUAGGUUGCGCAAGUUCGAUUCGAGCCUGAACUGAAAAAAAAGGUUGAACAACAAAACCAACAACAACAGUUGCAAACAAAGCAAGGCAACACUAAAUGAAUAGUACAACAUUAUUAAACAGUAACUAUUAAUUAGUAGAGAAACAAGAAUAAUAACAAAUGAUCGUUUGGAAACUAAGAGCACCAUAAACUUGGAAAAGUUUUAAUAGAAACAUAAUAAAAAAAUGAGAAACCAAGAGCGUAUUCAACACACAAAACACACAGCAUGAAAUCAUACUAACAAUCCAUCCCCUACGCGCUCUUCAACUUUCACAGGAAAUUCGCCAUAUUUGCUGCCGCCAUAAAGGGAGAGAACCGGACAUUGGAAAAAUAACUUGUCACUCCAACCACCAUCCAAUCAAACAAUAAAUCUGUAAUAGACUUGCACCUAAUAGGAGCAUAGCCUAAUUUCCAACUCACCGUCAUUUCAACAGAAUCGUUUACACAGAAACAAUAGGUACACUGAUAACAAUAACAAUAGGUUUGGAAAGGGUGCACGGCGUGUGCCACCUUUCCAAUUUCGACAUUCACACAUACAAACAGAUCACAAACCAUGGUUUAAUACACCGACACUCAGCACACUCCUUAUAGUUACAGUAUAGCAGAUCGAACGGAAACAAUAGUGCAUAACGAAUAGUCUCCAUUUCCCCCAGAACAAUUAUUUUUCUACAUGUCUUGUGUGUUUUUGUAAUAUUGUACUAAAGCGUGAAAAAAAAGUAAAGAGCUGUGGUAUUGCAGAAAAUUGAGAAGAGCGAUUGAGAUUCCCUUUUCCACGUAUUGAUUUUUUCACAAUAAUAACAGAGAACAGGUUUUCAUUUUCUACCACUACGUCACUAUUCACGCGGAUCCGUCAGAAAAUAGACGGAUAAAAUGUUCGUGCACAAAUACACGGAGGGGGUGGAGUUUUGUCGUUACUAAUGGUAUCAAGAUGACAAUAGCAACGUCAAAGGUCUAUCUUCAACAUUGUGUGCUUUAUUUAACCAUAACAUAACAAUAGUUCCAAUAGAAUCUAUAAAAACAAUAGUAACCAGUUUUAUCCACACAAGCAUACUACGCAAUAGAGCAUACUUUGAGGAAGGUCGUUUUCUAUUGGAUGUGACAAUCUGCUACAGACCCGUAGUAGGUUUCCUAAUCCACUGGAAAAUAAUCUACCGAAUAGCUACAAACUAUACUAAUUUUAAUUGAUACAUCAUAAAAUAGGCAGGAAAAGAUUCUUCUUCUGAUAAUAAACAACAAAUAAAAUGUAAUUGAGAGAGAUACUAUAAAUGUAAACUUACAAGAGCCCCACAACCCUAACUAAGCAGAAGUACAUAACUGUUUGGAGCAGAUGUAAUACUGUUGAUAUAGAAAGUCACUCACCUAAGUAGACGACUCAGAGCGACAAAAGAGUUUGAUUUCCCCCUCAGAUGUAUGUAUUGAAGCCUUUCGUUUAUCAUAUUUUAACUAUUAUAAUGUUUGAGUUGCAUUUCAGAACGAUUCUUUUUACCUCGAUAUAAGCACAACCAUCACAAAUAAACAAACAAUAAACAGAGCAGUAUAGAACCACCGUAAAGAUACAACAACAGAAUCCACAAGCAUACAAACAAUAGUACGACAGUUAUAUACAAACUUGUAUACCCACUCCACAGCAAACACACUCACUUCAAGGUGGAUGAACUUGAAUUAGAUUAAUCCAAUUCGAACUCUCCACUCUCCAGCAAUAACAGAAUCAAAUAGAAAAGUCAUUGAGGGUACCAAGUAACAUCGCAUCUACAAGGUCUCCCUUUCUGACUUUUCAUCAAACAGGACAAAUGGAUUAUUUCAACUAAAUCGUAGGAUUUAUUUUAUUAGAACAAAUUUCGUUUCACUUUUGUAUUGAAAACAGAUAAAAAAACCCAAAAUGGAUGUUUUGUUAUACUUUCGCCUUAAAAAAUAUAACAUCUUUGGGCGCCAACUGUGACAUUUUAUUCCAAGCGUUUCGAUUAUCAGGGUUUCCAUCAACUAAGGUAGAUCUUUUCUGGCUUAAACAAAACCAUGAGAAUUCGUGACCAUAUUUUUGGCUGUGGUGCGCCACUGCAGCGUACGAUAAUUUAAUAUGCAUUUUUGUCUAACAAACUUUGGUCGUCAAAAUGAAUGUAUGAAUGUGUAUUGAUAACUGUAAAGUAACGUUUCGGAUAAGCAAUCGAAAUUAUCAGGGCCGGUCCCUUCAUGAUCUCAAAUCACCCCCAUUUUGUCAUCAUCUCAUUCAUGUAUUAAGCAUAUGCCUUCUACUUCAUAUAUCCACAGUUAGGUUAUUAAGGAAAAUUGUGCGAUUCUUGUUUGGUAAGAAUUUUUUCUUAAAAUUAGAUGCUUCCAAUGUGCAGAGCACUUUAAGGGAAGAAAGAAUAAAUGAUUCUCGCAAGCAAUCCGCAUCACCAGUAAAAUCUAAUGUUGUGGGCAUCAAAUCGAAACGUUUUGUAAUAAAAUGUUCCAGCGAGUUUUGAAAGACUUUUACUUCUACUACUUUCUAGUCAUUUUAGCAGCUCCUUUAUAACGAUCUUAUCACAUUAACAAACUAUCAGAAGUCCUGCGGUCCUAGAGGCUCUACCAAACAACCAGAAACUGAGUUAAAUCAGCAGUUGAGGACGCAGUAAGACAUGAAAAAACAUCUAUUUGGAAGAAGAAUUUUUAUUAAUAUUUUUUUUUAACGCAACCAGCCGGGUUCGAAAGUUUUUGCCAAUAUGCAGCAAAGGCAUAAUAUAUAUACAGCAAAUCAUAACAAACACACACCACUUCAGCAGUCGAAUAAUGAAACAUGUUUUCACCAUCAAUACCGCUUUCAGUUAAACGAAACGACAUAAUCUUUUGUUUUCACAAAUCACAUAAUAAGGUCAAGUAACAGGCAUUGAACCACGUCGUGAGAAAUUGAUUUACAAUAGUCUACUUGUCUGAUAGUGUUGAAUUAGAAAACGUACAGGUUAUUGCUUCGAAUUAUGCUUUCAUGGUGUAAAACUGGUCUAUUACUAGGCUGUUCACACUAAUAAUUUGCCAUAUUGAUUUGUACACAUGUUACAAUUCAUAUGCAGUAGUAGAUUGUGAGUUCAUGAAAUGGAUAUAGUCUACUCCAGUUCGACGUGCAUACUGGCUUUGAGGAUAAGUCAUGUGAGUUGAAUUCACUUUUAAAAGCACCAGAAAAACUCCAAUUAUCUAAUCCACGAUGCCAAUGCGCUUGUUUCCUUUUGCGAAUAUUAGAUACUUCGCUAAAGGGUAUUAUCCGUUAUUAAAGGAUGGGACGCAUAUAUUGGACUACAAUGUCGAAUAAAAUGCACAUACAUAUAUAUUUUCUGGUUUGUUGAUUUUUAUCGGUGACAUCACUGAUAAAAAUCAACAAACCAGAAAAUAUAAAGUUUUACGGUGACCGAAACCCCACCAAAUGAAAAUGCACAUACUCUGAUUUUGAGUUAAUUUUUGGGAUAAUGAAUCAUUAAAAAUAAAUUUUAAGUAAAUACAAAAUCAAAUUUUAUUGAUAUUAGUUAAAUGCGCAUGUAAAACAGAUACAACAUAUAAAAGUUUUACUUGUAGAAUAAGGACAAACAUGAAAUGGUUCUAAUGCUACCGUAAUAUUGCCACACUUUCAAUAUUACGUAUUACGUACCUAGUUCAUAAUUUGUUUUAUUUUGGCAUACCAUUUCACUCAGUGACCUUUGAGGUUGCAUAUCUAAAAGUCAGUAAUAACAAUUUGACAAUAACAACGCGAAUAACUUUUAACGACCUAGACACUAGGUUACCUAAGACUAAUCGAAAAUGUUUACUAAAAUGUCAACCAUCUGUGAUGCGUAUCUAUAUCUACAAUUGACAUAUAAUGUCUACGAGAUAAAAAAUAAAAUCGAAACAGCUAUAUAAUGGAACUCAAUUUACCUACAUUUUUUCACAAUAUUCUUCGCAACUAUUCACUUAAUUUUGAAUUGUGCACACUUUUUUAACCAUCAAAAAUGAUGCCAGAAAGAAUAAUUUGAACGUUUUCUAAUUCCCACAAUCCUGCAAGUCGGCAAUUGCAGAGCCUAGACUCACAAACUUGUUAAACUUAUAUUUGAACAGGCAAACAUAUUUCAUUUGGUGCGUUCGUGAAGCAACAAAAACACACUUGAUAGACCAAAAGAUAUCGUCUAAAUAUGUGCGGCAACGUAAAAGAUCGCGAUCCAACAUUCAACUAUUCAUCGUCAUCGUCUUACCACCAAACCAGUUUAUCCGCAUAAGCACUAUCUCUUAAGGUUCAAAAUUCACUCAUCCACUCGUGAAAAAAUCAAGAAGAACAUUAGUAAAUCCAAACUCUUCAGGAACAUUACAACAUAUAAAACAUAAAACUAUUUAAUGGCAGUAGUUUAAUGGAAAAUUCCGUAUGAGCAAAACAGCAACACUAUUGAUUUUUAUGUGAAUUGUUUUCCUUGUUUUCCGUUUCUAUUAAACUGUAAAUCAAAAGUAACGAUUGAGAGAACCAGUAACUAUUGAGCAUUUUAUUAAUUAUUGAAUAUGGAUGCUAAAUACAAGAAAAAAGGAGCAAACACACAAACAGUUCAUAGAAAACACAGCUGGAGCAGUUUUUAUUUUAGAAGAAAGAAAUAACACUAUUUUGUUGUAAAAGAUGUUAUAGUAAAUGUAUAUAAGGUGAAAACAGUUUACAAAAGCAGAAGGCGGUAAUAAGUCACACAUAAAUACGAAAACAGAAAAAAAUAGUGUGAAGUGAACGUGUGUAACGAAAAAAAAAGCUAAUAAACUAUCUGCAGUAGGAACCACAUUAGCAUUUAGGAUACAUUAGCGGUGACAAAAAAGAACGUUUAGGUAUGUGUCUGAGGUGUAGCAUUGUGACACGAAACGAAGAAAAGCUAAAAUACGACUCGGAACAGUUCUGGCAUAAAUUUUCAAUCACAAUAUUCAUUCACAAACAUCUAAUAGAUGAGAACACUUCACCCAUUCUUACAUGCGAGGAAAACGAAUACUGCGCGUGAGAGAGCUAAAAUAUUCGGAAGGCACAUAUACACGUGAUGUUUUAAAACAUACCAAAAUGGAGUUCGAUUUGAUUUUUAGGAACGCAAAAAUUGCGAAAAAAUAAAUUUUGAAAUACCACACCACACACAGUUAGGAAAAGAAAUCUGAGAAUUAAAAAAUGAAACAAAUGAAGUGAUAACAAAAACAUAAGAGCAAGAAACAGGAGAGAAGGUGAAUGCUGUAUAUACAAAAAAGAAGAAAUUUUAUUUACAAUUUUUUCAGAAACGUGAGAAAACUCAAUUGUGAGGCAAAUCGUAAUAAGAGGAGAAAAUCUUUAUGGCGAAUGAAAACAAAUCAUGUGCAGCUAAGCUGCAUUUUAUACGAAUUUUCUAUUGAAGGUUAUUUUUAAUUUACAUUAAAUUGAGAGAAAGAAAAGAACAGAAGUUAGAGCGUGAGAGCCCAUCGGCGGCGCAUGGACUAAUACCAGGAAAGGCAUAUUUUAGCGGACCCCGUAAGUUGGAAAUUUGUAGACUCCACCAGAUUUUUCGGUAUAAAACAAGCAUGGCGUGUGAAGUAAGUAGGAAGAAAAUAAAAUAUUUCGUGGCAAAUAAGCAGAAAGUCGAAGUAGCAAGUGUAUUAGGAAGUAAAGGAGCGAGAAAAUUCGGAAUUCGGAGUUCGGAGAAAAACAAAAUCAAGCGUUAGGACGGAUAAGAAAACAGACAAAAACAAGUAAAUAUUGUAGCGGUAUAUAUCGAUAAGCGAGCAAGUUUAGGCAGAACAUAUAAAAUUAUGCAGAAGGUAACAAGUAAGAGCAAGAAUAACGGAAAAUUCGAGAAUACAUGCAAAUAUUAUUACGUUCGAUGGACGAUAAUAAUUUAUGAUAACAUUUAUUUAUUACAUUUGUAAGAAGAAGCAACCUAUAAAGAUUUUCCUUAUUUUUAAUAUUUUGUUUUAUUUUUUUAUAUUUUAGUAAUAACAAAUGCAUUAUUUUAGGUUUAGCGCUGAGAAAAAGUUAAUAUAAUUUAUUAAGGAUUGAAAAAACUACAAAUUAAAAACCACAACGUCCUCCAAAAAUAAACACAAUAGUGAAAGCGAGUGCGUUAAUAAGAUGCAGAAAAUAGUCGAUUCCUAUUUCCUUUAAUUUUCCCCGUAAAUGAAAAAAUCGCACCAACAUCCGUACUUACGAGGAGAAACAAUAUUACCCAAUCCCAGUUAGUUCCAGUGCACUGGUGCAAAUCGGCACUAGUUGUAAGUCAUGCCAUUUUUUGUAUAAAUUUUACUACCAAGUUUAAGUGAAUGAAAAGGUAAAUCGCGCAACCCUUCACACCGUACAAAUUAAAAUUUAAACGAAAGAAGGCGAAAACAGACAAACUGUGAAGGUUUUUGACCAUAAUCUCAAGACAAAUGUUGGCCGAUUUCACCGGUCCACGUGGAAUCGUUGAAUGCAAAGAAGCGAACAGCUCCGUACGAUCUAGGGACCAUUACUUUCUGCAUCGGCGAAGCAAAAUGCAUCCCCGUCCAGGGGGUGGGAUCAUGGAACACAAAUUAAGAGAGAAUAGUAAGACAUCAAGGGAUAAUAAACGUGUACUUGUGAGAAAAAGAUGCGUGUGCGGAAACGAAACAAUAAAAGAAAAUCCCAUCAUGCUGCGCAACAAACAUUUAUCACACUCAAUCCAUACUCAUACACGAACCAACAAACAAUAUCCAUAAUAUAGAUAAAUCCCCUGAGAACUGAUAUGAUUUCUUUAUAUACAUUUUAAAUUAACAGACAAAAAACUAAUACGAACAUGCAUAAUAAUUUACGCUUCCCUUAUCCCUUUUUUACCCACUCACAAACUCAGUCACUGAAAGUGCAUACACAAACAGAAAACGAAAAAAAAAAGAAUGGCAGAAAUGUAACAAUGAAAAUAAAGCAAAAAAAAAAGAAACUAAUCGAAAAAUCGCAUCAUCCCUGGUCAAUAACGAUAUAGAAAUUGAUUUUCGCCAUUUGGAUUGAAUGUUUUCGUUCGGUUUUUAUGACAAUUCGUUCUUAGGUUUAUUGUCACAUGCAAAAAGGAACACGUGCCCGCGAACACGCAUACGGUUCAUGUCUGGACCAUAUAAUUUGUACUGCUGAACUCCCAUGGGCGGUUGAGCAGCAGUACGACAGUAUCGCAGCGGGAGAAAGUUUAAAAAAAUAACACAAACACAAAAGCGAAACAAUAUUUCGACAACACAGAAAUCCUUUCCCUUAGUUUUUAGCUUUUGUUUAUUAUAAAACAAAAAAUACAGCCAGUAUAAUGUAUCCUUAAUGUUUCAACUAUAAAUUAUAUUAUCAAAAUUAAUAAAUGUUUUGAAUAUAAAGUAGUUUCAAAAAAA